UUGAAAAUUGAAACUGUCCUGAAAGUGUCUAAAGAGCAACUCUGCUUCACCCACCACCCUUUCAUCCAGGGCUGUCCAGGAUGUCCAAUCAGAUGUGAGAACCUCCCACUGGAGCGGUGUGCUCGGUCACAGGGAGCCCCAGGUUUUCAUUUGUAUCAAGACAUUCCUGCUCUCCUCUGUUGAACUUGACCCAGUAUCAUUUGUGGGUUGUUCAUAUCUCUGUUACCUGCUGGGGCUUGAAACAUUCAAGGUUUAUGGAGCAUUACUGAGGUGGUUUUCGUCAUAUCAGACUGAAAUGGAUGAAGACAGAUCCAUGAAAAGGAAGGAGUCACAGAACAGCUCCACCGGCCACGGCUUGGAAUGUCUGACCAAAGACAAGAAGCCUGUGAAGGCUGCUGUGCUUCAACAAGAUAUUGGUCUGAUAAGUGGUAUCUGUCUGAUUGUGGGGACAAUGAUUGGCUCGGGCAUCUUCAUCUCUCCCAAAUCUGUUCUGCUGUACUCUGGAGCUGUGGGACCGUGCCUCCUCAUCUGGGCGGCCUGUGGCGUGUUAGCCGCUUUGGGAGCACUGUGCUAUGCUGAACUUGGCACCAUGAUCACCAAGUCAGGGGGAGAGUACUCGUAUUUAAUGGAGGCUUUUGGUCCCCUCCCAGCCUACCUUUUCUCCUGGACCAGUGUCAUGGUGCUGAAGCCCUCGUCCUUCGCCAUCAUCACUCUGAGCUUUGCAGAAUAUGCCUCUGCUCCUUUUUACCCCGGCUGUACUCCUCCUCUUGUUGUUACCAAGUGUCUGUCAGCAGCAGCUAUAUUUUUGAUCGUCUCCAUCAACUGUUUGAGUGUCAAACUGGCGAACUACGUGCAGAACUUCUUCACUCUCGCCAAACUUUUCAUCAUUCUUAUCAUAGUGGUAGCUGGCAUGGUUAUGUUGGCACAAGGAAACACUGAGAAUUUGUCAAAUGCGUUUGGUGGCACAUCGCCGUCUGUUGGAUCAAUCGGACUUGCAUUUUAUAAUGGGCUUUGGGCUUAUGACGGAUGGAAUGAAUUGAAUUUCAUUACAGAAGAGCUGAAAAACCCAUUCAGGAACUUGCCACUGGCCAUCCUCAUUGGGAUCCCUUUGGUAUCUGUGUGCUACGUGUUGGUCAACGUCUCCUACUUCACUGUUAUGACCCCCACCGAAAUGCUGGCGUCUCCAGCUGUUGCCGUGACUUUUGGAGACAGAGUCCUUCACCCUCUGUCCUGGAUCGUUCCUCUCUUUGUUGUCUUCUCGACAUUCGGCUCUGCCAAUGGAAGCUGCUUCACCGCUGGCAGGCUGGCCUAUGUAUCUGGCAGAGAAGGUCACAUGGUUAAAAUCUUAUCCUAUAUUAGCCUGAGGCGCUACACUCCAGCCCCUGCUCUCAUAUUCAAUGGUGCGUUGGCUAUUCUCUACAUUAUCCCAGCAGACAUCAACAUCCUCAUUAACUACUUCAGCUUUGUUCAGUGGAGUAUUCAUGGUCUGACAGCGCUGACUAUAAUAGUCAUGCGUUUCACCCGAAAGAAGCUCCAUCGACCAGUUAAGGUGCCGAUUGUCAUACCAGGCGUGAUUAUCCUGGUGUCCUGCUACUUAGUCCUGGCUCCCAUCAUUGACAAGCCAGAGCUGGAGUACCUCUACUGCACUAUCUUCAUCUUCAGUGGACUUCUCCUCUACUACCCUUUCGUCCACCUGAAGGUCAAAUGGGCACGCAACAUCAUGAGGCCCAUCACCAUUCACCUCCAGCUGCUGAUGGAAGUUGUUCCUCCUGAGAAAAUCGAAUGAGAAGGGCCAGAACUGACAACCAGGAUAACUUCUGCUGCUUGUCGUGAAAAACAUGUCGAGGCUGGUUUUGGAGAGAACGGGAUACAACUUUGGUGCCCAAAGUGGAUCAGAGCCAAAAUAAUCAGAGUUCACCUCUGUUGAAUAGCUGCAUGACGAAAGUAAAAAGGGGAUGCACCGUGUUCAUAAACCUGCGUACAGGUGUAAGAUCGUUUGUCAUGUGGGUUCAGAGAUGGAAUAGAAGUUUCUAGAGAGUGAAUACCUCUGCUGUAAUUAGAAUUCACUUAAAUAUUUAGUUAGAUAUUUAAAAUAAAAGCGUAGAGGAGUUUGACCAUAUUCUCACGAUGUCUCUCUCCACAUGAAGAAAUAAAUCACUGACAAAAACUUUUAUUAAAGAACUUAACCA